AUGGAGGACCGUCGCGGGGCCGCGGCGGCGCUCCUGGAGGACUGCGGGCGCCUGCUGGCCGAGCUGCGCGAGGCACCGGCGCGGGGCGCGGAGGGCGAGGAGGACGAGCCGCACGGAGCUCCCCUCCCCAGCGAGCUGAGGACCCUCAUCCAGGAGGCCAAGGACAUGAAGUGGCCCUUCGUGCCUGAGAGGUGGCAGUACAAACAAACCGUGGGCCCGGAGGACAGAAUCGACCUGCAGGACGUGAUCGGAGCCUGGCUGCAGCCGCUGCUGGUGUCCUUGAAGGCCUCCAUCCUUGCCCGGGACUACGCCACCGCGGCGGCCAUCCUGUUCGUGAGCGACCGGCUGCUGUAUGGGCUUGACGCGUCCCGCGAAGCCCUGCAGGUGGCCAAGGCGCUGCACACGCUGUGGCCGGCCGCGCCGAUGGCCCCGCAGCUGGUCAUCCGCCAGGCCCGCGUGUCGGUCAACGCAGGAAAGCUAUUAAAAGCGGAAUAUAUCCUGAGCAGUCUGAUCAGCAACAACGGAGCCACAGGCACCUGGCUGUACAGAGACGAGAGCGACCGGGUCCUGGUGCAGGCCGUCUGCGUGCAGCUCCGCGGGCAGGUCCUGCAGAAGCUGGGCAUGUGGUCCGAGGCGGCCGAGCUGGUGUGGGCCUCAGUCGCAGGGUACCUGGCGCUUCCUCAGCCGGAUAAGAAGGGCAUCUCCACAUCGUUAGGGAUACUGGCAGACCUCUUCGUGUCCAUGAGUGAGCAAGAGUACGAGAAGUUCAAAGACAACCCACGGGUGAACUUGGGCCUGCUGAGGGACGGGGACCACCGCCUGCUGGCGGCUGCCGAGGCCUGCAAGCUGGCGGCCGCCCUCAGCCCCUACACGCCGCUCUUCGUGCUCACGGCCAUGAACAUCCGUGGCACGUGCUUGUUGUCAUACACCAGCUCUGCCGAUUGUCCUCGGGCUGCGAGGGCCACGCACCUGAGGGAAGCCAGAGAAGCCUUUGAGAUCGGCCUCCUCACCCAGAGGCGCGGCGAGCCGGCAACCGGGAGGCAGGAGCUCCACAGCCUCCUCCGGGCUGCGUUCGGCCUCGCCACGGCGCACCGCCAGCUGCACGGCGAGACGGGGCCGGGCCGCGCGGCCAGGCAGCUCUGCAGCGAGGCCCUGGGGAAGCUGUACGCGUUCGCCGUGUCCGCCGGGAGUCAGGAGAGAGCCGCUCUCGCUCGGGACAUCAUGUGCGUUGUUGCCCAGGUGAAGGACCACUUGCAGGUGCGGAGCUCUGCAGUCUCAGAAGACGGGGCUUACGUCCCGGCGGGUUUCACGUGUGGGCCACACCAGCCCAUGCUGCACGGGCCGGCAGACUUCCAGAAGCUCCUCGAAACCUAUUCACAGCACCACACGUCCGUGUGUGAAGUAUUCCGAAGCACUUGUGAAAACAAGAAAAGCACACACAAUGAUGCAGACCCAGGAGUCUGCAUCACUGCACUUAGAACAGACACAAGAAGUGCAGAGACCGUGAGCACGGAGGACAGGCCAUGUCCCCAGGCAGGCGGGGCAAUGUCCCCCUCCCGGGUGGCUCAGGGCAACCAGGAGGUGCCCAGGAGGGCAGGAAGGAGAGGCUGGGCCCAUUCGGACGCCUUCCAAGUCCCCUCGGACCCCAAUGCGGAGACUGAGGCAGAACCACCGGGCCACCGCAGCGGCCAGGGAGCUCCUCUGAGUGACAGCCAGAGCUCCAGCUCCUGGGACGCGCUCUCAGGGGGCAGCUCUUGCACCAGCUGGGAGGGGGUGAGUGACCACGGAGACAGGAGCCCAGCCAGAGGAGAGCCGAGCGAAGAGCGUCCGGCGGGCGCGCCGGGCCCCGCGGCCGAGGCGCAGGGGAGCCACAAAGGGAGCACAGCCCUGUGUUCGUUGGCUUCGGAGCUUCGUGGCCUCUCUUUCCCAGGGUCCAAAGAGGACAGCGCCGAGUCCCCUCCAUCUCGCGUGCCCUUGGCCACUGCCCCUCCUCCUGGCACCAGGGGCAGGUCCGUGGCCUCCGGCGCGGGGCGGCGGGAAGAAACGCAGGAAGUCACCACUACGGGCUCCAGAGACGCUUCUGCUCACCCCAGCCCUGCGUCUGGGCCUGCUUCUUGGUCCUCAGACCCUGGCUGGCCCAGGAACACGGUCCUGCCUCCUUCAGUCCAAGGAGCAGAACCCUUCAAAGCGACCGAUGACUUUCCAGGGAUCAGCUGUGGUGCCGGAGAUGAGCGUGGAGGGGAGGCGGGGGGACGCACCCACGGCACAGGACUGACAUGGACAGGGAGCCCCCCGCAGGUGGACCCCGAAGGGGACACUGCGGACAGCACAGGGGACACGCGCCGGGGCCCCCGGGGGGCCGUGGGCGACUCUCCGGGCCGGGCUCCCGCGGUGGCCCUUGGCGCUGUUGCUCCGCUCUGGCCCGCUCGGGGCCCGGACUGGGGACAGUGCAGGGGCUCAGCCCCGGAGCCGGACGUGGACCCCGACGCCUCCACGGCAGACGAGCAGGGCCAGCUCCCCGGCCCCGCGGGGCAGUGGGGCCACCCCGGGCUCUGCACCCCGAGGCCGCCCCUCGCCCCUGCGGGCCGCGGGGACGGCACCACCACCGAGGAAGGGGAUGCGCCGGAUGUGCUCAGAAGCAGCCACAGCUCCAGCUCGUCCCUGGCGAGCGGGUGGAACUCCCUGCUGUUUUCCAGCGGGUCCUCCGAAUGGGGCGAGCCCUGGUCCUACCUGAAUUCCAGCGGGAGCUCUUUCGUGUCGUUGGCAGGAGCGGGGAGGCAGGAGGCCCUCGAGGCUCGCACCCUGCAGCCCGGUGACCUCGAAAGGCUCCUGGCAGGGGUGACGCACGAGUGGCUGUUCCAGAGGUUGGAGCACACGGGGGUGUUCAGGCCCAGCCGGCUCCACCGGGCCUACGACGCUCUUUUGUUGAAGUAUUCUAAGAAGGCCGACCUGUGGACGGCCCAGGAGACCGCCGUCUAUCUGGGGGACUACCUGGCCGUGAAGAAGAAGGGCAGACAGAGAAACGCCUUCUGGGUUCAUCAUCUUCACCAAGAGGAAGCUCGGGGGAGAUACGUUGGGAAGGAGUACAAGAGCCCGAAGAAGCUGUGGCUCCAUUUCUCCGACGUGGAGCGACAGAUGACCGCCCAGCACUACGUGACUGAGUUCAACAAGAGACUUUACGAACAGAAGAUUCCCACGCAGAUAUUCUACAUCCCGUCUGCCAUCCUGCUGAUUUUAGAGGACAAGACGAUACAAGGAUGCGUCAGUGUGGAGCCUUACAUACUGGGAGAAUUUGUAAAAUUAUCAAAUAACACAAAAGUGGUGAAAACAGAAUACAAGGCCACAGAAUAUGGCUUGGCUUACGGCCACUUUUGUUACGAGUUUUCCAAUCACAGAGAUGUUGUAGUAGAUUUACAAGGCUGGGUGACCGGUGACGGGAAGGGGCUCAUCUACCUGACAGACCCCCAGAUCCACUCUGCCGAGCAGGAAGGCGUCGCUGCCAACUUUGGAAGACGGGGCAUUGCUUACUUCUUUAACCACCAGCACGUGGAGUGCAACGAGAUAUGCCAUCGCCUGUCUCUGACCAGGCCCUUCACUGAGAACCCAGACUAG